CGCGGCCGCAGCAGGAGCGGGAGACUCGGGCCAUGGCCGCCGACGUGUUCAUGCGGCCGGGGCGGCUCCCCGGGGCGGCGGGGCCCGUGUCGCGGCGGGCGGAGCCGGACGAGGACUCCUCGGACACGGACGAUGGGGGCUCCCCGGCGGGGCGGCGGCCCGGGCCGCGGCGGGGGCAGCCCGCGGGGCCCCAGAUCAUCCACUCGGGCCACUUCAUGGUCUCGUCGCCGCACAGCGAGCACCCGCCCAAGAAGGGCUACGACUUCGACACGGUCAACGAGCAGACGUGCCAGACCUACCGCUUCGGGGCGGCGCGGGGCGGCGGCGGGGCCGGGGGGCGCCUCAGCAUCGACGCCUCCCUCACCAAGCUCUUCGAGUGCAUGAGCCUGGCCUACAGUGGGAAGUUGGUUUCACCAAAAUGGAAGAAUUUUAAAGGCUUAAAACUUCAAUGGAGGGAUAAAAUUCGUCUCAACAAUGCCAUCUGGAGGGCAUGGUAUAUGCAGUACCUGGAGAAACGCAAGAACCCAGUGUGCCAUUUUGUGACUCCACUAGAUGGCUCUAUUGAUGUAGAGGAACAUCGGCGGCCUGAAGCCAUUGCAACAGAAGGGAAAUAUUGGAAACGAAGAAUCGAAAUAGUCAUCAGGGAAUAUCACAAGUGGAGAACAUACUUCAAGAAAAGGUUACAGAAACACAAAGAUGAAGACCUUUCAAGCUUGGUGCGGGACGAUGAUGUGGUUCUCUGGCAUCAGAGUAGAUAUGGCAGAGAAACCCCGGUCCCCAUGGAGGAAGAUUCCUUUCUGGAUGCAGACAUGCUUAUGUCUGAGUUCACAGACACCCUCUUCUCUACGCUUUCUUCACAUCAGCUGAUUGCCUGGCCAAAUCCCAGAGAGAUAGCACACUUAGGAAAUGCUGACAUGAUUCAGCCAGGACUUAUCCCUCUCCAGCCAAAUCUAGAUUUCAUGGAUACUUUUGAAUCUUUUCAGGAUCUGUUCUCAUCCAGUCGCUCUGGCAACUUUUUCUCUUCUGUCCCUGCUGCCAGUUCUGCUAUGACAGAUACCAGCAGCCAUUCGUCCCAGUCUUCUGUCCUGCCCUCAGGUUCUUUACCCAGCACACUCCCAACAGUGAACCUCAAUGAAGGAUUGAUUGCCUCACCGGUACCUGCUCCUGUCAUUCCUGAUGUUGGUGCUAACCAGUGCUCCAACAUUAGAAGCGAGGGCUCUUUCAUCCAGCCAUCAGACUUCAAUUCCGAUUCAACUCUAAGUGGCCAGCAGCCAUUUCUUCCGGUGUUCCCAGCUCCAGUGUCUCUGCUGCAGCCCACCGUCCCACCACACCAAGCUGCUUUGCCCACAGUGCCUCUGAAUGCCAGCUUGAAUUCCCAGCCGUCUGCUUUUACUACUCCAGAAACCCAAAAGUCUGGCCUCUGCAAAUCUUCCACUGUUACCCACACGGCUUCUGCCACCCUGACCCACAACCCCUCUGCUACCACCUUCAGCCAGAGCCAGAACCUCAUCCUGGCAACGCAGCAGCCAGGGGGAGGAGUGCCUUGUAACCUGACUCUACAGACUGCUGUUGUGCAGGGGCAGCCCCGGCCUCAGCUGCAACCCCACCUGACGUUUGCACUCCCUAAAGCCAUUCCCCUGGCGAAUGCUGGGACGAGGCCCAAACAGCCACAAAAAAUAGUGCAUGUUCCAAAGCCUGAAACGGUGUCCUUAGUAUUAAAAAAUGCCUUCAUCACCCCAGCUGCCUUUCAGGGACAGUCCAGAGCUGUGAUCGUAACCCCAGCACCUUUAAAAAGAGAGAGGAUUUUGACUCCGGCCAUGUCUCCACCUAGUGUUGUAAUUGCACCAGCUGCAAUUCCCAGAGCUCCCGGGGUGAUGGAAUUCCAUAGUAACAUUCUGGUUGGUCAAGCACAGCAAGCUCCGAGUAACCAGCAAGUGCAGUCCACAGUCUCGCAUCUCUUCUCUCCUAGUGCAGUCCAAGAUGUGAAAGGAGAGCAAAUCCCUUCCCACAGUACCUGUUCACAAGUUCCUUCACCUACACCUAGGCGAGAUUGUCAGAAUUCAGGACAGGCCUCUCCCUGCCCAUCCGAACAAAGCCCCAGUCCUCAGUCUCCACAGAAUAAUUGCUCAGGAAAAUCCACAACUGACCCUCAGAUGGCUGCAUUUAAGAAUCGAAGGAUGAAGCAUAUUUCAGCAGAACAAAAAAGAAGAUUUAAUAUCAAGAUUGGCUUUAGCACCCUGAACAGCUUGGUAUCAGCUAACUCUAAGUCAAUCAGCCAUGCAAUCACGCUCCAGAAGACUGUGGAAUAUAUCACUAAACUACAGCAGGAGAGAAUGCAGUCACAAGAGGAAACUAGGCGCCUCCGGGAGGAGAUCGAGGAGCUAAACGCUACCAUCAUUUCUUGUCAACAGCAGCUCCCUGCUACCGGGGUUCCCAUAACCCGACAGAGAUUUGAUCACAUGCGGAGUAUGUUUGAUGAGUAUGUGAGAAACAGGACCCUCCAGAACUGGAAGUUUUGGAUUUUUAGUAUUAUCAUUAAGCCAUUGUUUGAGACCUUCAAUAGAAUGGUGUCUACGACCAGUUUAGAGGACCUGAACCAGACUGCAAUGGCUUGGCUGGAUGAGCAUUGUUCGCUCCGUGUUCUGAGGCCAAUGGUACUGAACACCCUUCGGCAUCUCAGUAUAACCACCUCGAUUCUGUCAGAUCCAUCACACCUGCCAGAGCAAGCCACUGAGGCAGUUUGUAAGAUCAACAAAACAGCUGGAGAAACCUAACAACCACAAAUGAUGAGUUGCCUAAACAAGACGUGAAGAAAGUCCCAGCCUCACAGACUUGUCUCCUUACAGUUGGUGCACUUUAGAAAGGAUUCUCUCUAUCAUGUAGGACAUUGUUCAGGGCAUUUUGCCUCUGGCUCCUGAACAUGUAGAGAUUCAAUGCAACAUUGUCUAAUAUUUGGCUUCUUCUUCAGUACCUGUUAGAUUCAGUUAAGUGAGAAUGCCAACCUCAGAUACAUAAGUAGGCUAUAGUCCUGCAUUCAGCAAUAAAAAAUCUCCAUCAAUGAAGCAUGAAUAAAUACACAGGGAACAUCUUUGCAUAAAAUGACUUCAAGUACUAAACAAGGUGUAAAUUCGCUACACCUAGGAACAAUUUGUUAAAGGGAAAUGCACGUUUGAUUUCAUGAAAGGUAAUGUGCUUUUUCAUUUUAUUACCUGGUGUUCAAUUUCUUUGUUAUUUUAUUUGAACAGUAAAAGUUGAUAAAAAGAAUGAUCAACAUAUUAAUAACCAAAGGAGAAAAAAGUUAAUCAAAGAUACAAAAUUGUGGUAAAAUACUAGAAUUAAAAUCUCAGGUUGUGUAUGUAUCUUUAUUCUAGUUCAGUAUAUUAUUUGUAUGUGAUCAUUUGGAGGGCAUGCUUUAUUUCCUAGCAAAUAAAGUAGCAGAUGUUUUCGUAGAACUUUUUUUCCUGAUUUAGUCAUUACAAGUGAGUAGCAGGACAGUUUGGCAAGUUCAAGAGAACAGUUUAUCUUUAAUUUGUGUGAACUCUUUACUUGUAAAUCUAGACAUGAAUUUCCAUACAGGCUUAAACUGUAAACUAUUUUUUCUUACAUGCUGCAGAGUUGAACUCUCCAUCAUAACAUGUGUGCACAGAUGAUGCUCUAAUGCUUUAGAGACAGAAACUUGAGUUUGUAAUGCUAGGAAAUAGGCAUUUAUGUUGUCACAGAAAUUAGAUCAAUCCACAUGUACUCAUAAGCUAUCCCUCACUCCUGUGUCUUCUUUGCCUAUUUCCCCUGCUUCAAUGUCCUAAAUCCUAAACCCGAAAGAUUUAGGUCACGGUUGUCAAUCUUUAAGAGGCUUGCGUCCAACAUAAAACUUAGACUGCAGCUUGUUUGAUAUUGGAAACAUGACGUAAUUCAACGUGACUGUCACAGUAAGUGUCUGACAUAACUAUAGAUGGGCCUGAGCCUCACUGUCCCCUAGCAAUGUGCUCAUCACCAUAGCGCUAGCAACCUCUGGCCAAGAGUAGCUCAUGUAGAUUGUUCCUGUCCACAUUAGGAUUAAUCUGUGUGGGGUAGGGUGUAUGUAUGUGCCAUUGGCGAAUUAGGAAGAGUAUGGGCAUAAACAUGGAGACUCUUGACCCAUGAGUUGUAGGCCUUCUCUUGUAAUGCCUUCUCCACAGCUCUUGUCAUGGAGGGUCUUCAAAACUGACUUUCUUUGGUUGGAGCAAAGCUGGAGCAGAAAACGUAUGCUUUGAGCCCUCCCAGCUUUGGGGUUUGUUCCUUGCCAGUGCCUUUGCACAGCACCUUGCUCCCCAGUGUUGUUCUCAGCCUGUGUGCUGGGGACAGGGUUUGGCUUGUGGAUAACAAGUUACUCUGCUGCAUCUCUGUAAUGAAGUCUACUAAAAACAUGAUCCUUUAUAGCUAACUCCCUGGACCUUAAAGUAGAGGCGCUAUGUAAAGCUCAAGUCUUCUGUUGAGGUUCUGAUGCUGCACUCAUCACUCUGGUAUCUGAGCUCCUGCUUUUCAAUGCACUGUGAAAAACUAAAUGAUGUGUUGCCUACCUACUGGCAUAUAACCACCGAAGCGGGGAGCUGUACUGUGCACAGCUAGGGAAAUGCCUAGCGGUGUCUGCUUUCACAGUGAUGGUAACUCCAAUAAUGUGAUUACACGUCUGAGCGCUUUUGUUUGUUUUGUGUUCCACUCCAUGAAUUAACGUUAUCUGCAAAAGAAGUGAGCCUUCAGGCCAUUGACAGUAUUUUGUAUCUGGUUCAAAAUUUGAGGUCCCAGGAGUUUACCAAACUCUCAGGUCAGUUUUCAUGAUAAAAAAUAAUUAUUAUUAUUAUUAAACUCCGCCAGGGCCGGCUCCAGGGUUUUUGCCGCCCCAAGCAGCAAAAAAAAGUCGCGAUCAGCUCUACUGCCGCUU